AUGGCCGAUCCUCGUAUAAAGACAUUGAAGAUUAAAACGGGAGUAGUGAAACGGUUGACGAAGGAAAAACUUAUGUACAUAAAAGAAACAGAUCAACAACUAGAAAAAGUUAAAAAAUUAAAAGAGUCAGGUGAGUUGUUAGAUUAUAAUUUAGUUGAUAUAAAAUAAAUUCAACAUUUAAAAAAAAAAUCUGCAAUAAGUUACAAGUAUGGCAGAUAUGAAUUUUAUAAAAUUUUCAAAUAAUUCUAUGUACCUAUUCUCUAAUAUAUUUCAGCAAUUCAUAAGUUAAAUAUUUUUUUAAUAUUCUACCUUAGGUAUAGUCAACAUAUUUCACUGAGUAAAGCAGUGCUCUCAAAAGUAGUUAAUCAAUCCCCAAUAGGAGACUUGUAUGAACAUCAUUUAUUUUGAAUUAGGUUUCUGUGAGAUACAGAUUAAUUAUAUGAUGUAAGCAUGAGUACUUAACAAAAAAAAACAAAAAUUACGAAUAUGUAAUCAUUGAGCCACUAAAGCCAACUAUGUAAUACUACAUUAAUUUUUGACGAGAUUUUUAAUUCUCUUAUACUUAAUAUGCUUUAUAUUGCUUUGCCUUUACUAAAAAUGCUCAUAGAUGCAUUUAAAAGUGUCUAUUCUUAACCAAAAAUAAAUUAUUAAAACUAGAAAUACAAAAUGAGUCAAGCUAUUAUAAAAUGAGUUGAUAAUAUGAAGAGGGUAAUAUUAACAAUUUAUAUUGAAAAAUUAUAUAUUUACAACUAAUAUUUGUUUUAAUUAUUUGAUUAGAAUUUAUUAUAGAAAAUAUAAUUUACAUUAGAUUUAAAUAAGUAAAUAUUUACUUUAUCUAUUUUUUUGUUUUAAAUUUGAUAUCUAAAUUUUCACAUUCAAUAAGGAAUAUAAACAUUGUAAAUUAAGUUUUUAUUUGUUUUAAAAAACUUUCAUUUAAUAAUUUUUGAACAUUGUUAUUUUAUGUUUAAAAAUUUCUAAAUUACUCUUGCAUAACUAUUUACAUUAUGUAUCAUGUUAUUAUUUAAAUAUUUGCAUUAGACAAGUAAUGUUAAAAUGUCAUAAAUGUGUGCUAUUUCAUUAGGUACCUAUACAAUGAUUUUAACUAUUUUUAUGUGCAUAUGUGAUCAUGAGCGCCGGGUUUUCCCAAUUCGAUAAUGAUACAUAAAAGAUCAAUAAGCAAAUAAAUGGUUCAUUAGUAAAUAACCCAGUAUGGUCCAUCGUGGUAAUACGUAUUUUCGUAAUUACAUUAUUUAUUUUUAUUUAAUUGGAUGUUUGAGCAGUAUGGCCUCUCAAUAGUUAGUUGAUGACCAAGUAUGUGAUUUUUAAUAAACCUUAAUCAUGCAUUACAAUGUUAACUGUAAAAAUAUGUAUUUAAUGGAUGUCUACUUCAUUUAUUUAUUUAACAUAAAUAUGUUAUAAGAAAAUUAUACCACAAGGUUGGAACCAGAAAUAAGCAAAUUAUGAUGCUAAAAUUGAAAUUAUUUAAUAAUAUUUUCUGAUCUGUUAAAAAAAAAUUUCAUUGCUAUAUUCAAUCUAGUUAUCUACAUUGAUUUAUUAGACAAUUAAAUUAUUUUUAAAACUGUAAAAAUGUUUUAUUAUUAUUGCUUAGAUGAUAUGUACUCCCUAUAAUGGUUAUGAGGUAUACUAUUGAUACUAUUCAUUUAAUAUAAUUGUAUUUUAAAGAGAACAUUCAUGGGAUACUUUAUUCCUACUCGUGGGGUUACUAAUACUCUAUAAAUUGGCUAAUUGAUAAUUCAUUUUCUUGUGACCAAGAUUUUUUUUAAUAUAAAAUUUUUUGACUAAUAAUAUUGUAUAUUUAAAGAAAAAUAAUACGAUUUUAAAAAAUUGUACUACCUUUGGAUAAUUUUGAAAGAAGGAUCAAUUCAAGAGAGUAUAGCCAGUAAAGGUAAAUUGUGUGAAAAGAAGUUAAAACAGUGGUUAAUAAAACUUUGGCGCUAUUUAUGAACAUUUUAAUGUUGCUUUUUUUAUGUAAUUCUUAUUUUAAGUACUUUCUAAAUUAAAUUGUUGGACUAAACUGUAAUACUUGAAAAUUCAACAAGAGGUUCAUUAUAAGUUUUACUUUGUGGUAUAAUAAAAAAUGAGUAAUGAAUAAUUUUUUAUAAGAAUUUUAAUAUCAAAUAUUGAUACAGAUCAUGAAUAUUACUUUCAAUACAUGUAUAAUAAAACUUGGCUCAUCAUUUUUUUUCGUCAGCAGUAAUUUAUCGUUGUGUUUUCGAAAACGGUUCUUAUCAUUUUUCAAACAAAUUGUCAUUCGUAUAAAAAAAACCUAUAAAGUGUAUUAUAUAUUGUGUUGGUACACUGCAAUUCUUAUCUAUAUUUUAAUUUACCAUAUACUGUAUAAACAAAAAACUCCAACCCAUUAACCUAAAAAAGAAAAUUCUCAAACAAUUAAUUUUUCAAUUCAUCAUCCGGUAAUUUUCAGUGUACGUUAAAGUUGUCAAAUAGUAUUUUUGUCAUUUGUGUUUUAUUCGAAAAUUAUUAUUUUUUCAUUUUUAUAUUGUAUAUUAACUUAUAUUUAUAGCAUUUAUUUAAAGUGUUAAUAUGAAAUAAAUUAUUUAAUAUAAUGCAAUAGUAGAUACAAAUAAAAUGGAAAGGUCAUUUAUUUCUAUUCUUUAUCUUGUUUGCUUCAUUGCAUCAGGAAUCUAUUCAGUUGACCGUAAUAACUUUAAAACAUGUGAACAAAGUAAUUUUUGUAAACGAUGUCGCUCUAUGAACAAAAAUCAAAAAACUAAAUUUGAAUUAUUACCAGAUAGUAUAAUAUUAACCGAUAAGUUUUUUGAAGCCAUAAUUACAAACACAGAUUACGAAGAUGUAUUUUUACGUAUGCGACUUGAUGGUUUGAAGGAUAGUACUCUUCGUCUCCGUAUCAAUAAAGAUGGUAAUCAAAUGUAUAACAGAUUUCAACCGGUGCAAGUUUUAAUAUCUGAACCAAUCACAGAAUCAAUGACUAUGGCUCGAAAUGAAUCAACCAUAGAAUUGGAAAUGAACCUUAAUAUUAAAGCUUACAUUACUGUUGCUCCAUUUAAAUUGGACAUUUAUGUUAACAAUGAAUUAACCAUUGGUGUUAAUCAUGAAAAUCUUAUGCAAUUUGAAAACUAUCGACCUAAGCCAGAAUCUAUUGCAGACAAUGAAAUUGGUUGUUGGGAAGAAUAUUUUAAAGAGCAUCAAGAUUCUAAACCACGGGGACCUUCUGCAGUUGCAAUGGACUUUAAAUUAUACUCAUCUACUUCUCUAUAUGGGCUCCCAGAACAUGCAGAUAAUUUAGCUCUAAAAAGUACCAGUGGAAGUGAACCUUAUAGAUUUUAUAAUUUGGAUGUUUUUGAAUAUGAAUUGUAUAAUGGUAUGGCACUUUAUGGUGCUGUUCCAUUUUUAAUGGGACACGGAAAGAAGCACAGUGUCGGAGUGUUUUGGUUAAAUGCCGCAGAAACAUGGGUAGAUAUUACAGGUGUAAAAGGAAACCCCCAACACACGUCUGUUGUUGAAUCUAUAGUGAGUUUAGUUUCAGGAUCAACUGGUGAUAAAGACAUUCCUGUGGCUCAUUUUAUGUCAGAAAGUGGAAUUAUUGAUUUUUUCAUUAUGCUAGGUCCCAGGCCAUUAGAUGUUACAAGACAAUAUUCUUCACUGACUGGUACUGCACCAUUACCCCCAUUAUUCUCUUUGGCUUACCAUCAAUGUCGCUGGAAUUAUAAUGAUCAAAAAGAUGUUCAUGAUGUAGAAACAAAUUUUGAUAUUUACGACAUUCCAAUGGACGUUAUGUGGUUGGAUAUAGAAUAUACAGAUAGUAAAAAAUAUUUCACAUGGGAUUCGGUUAAAUUUUCUGAUCCAUUAGAAAUGAUAAAUAAUUUAACUAGUAGAGGAAGGAAGUUAGUCACUAUUAUUGAUCCACAUAUUAAACGUGAUCCAAAUUACUUUUUACACAAUGAUGCCUUAAAUAAUGACUUGUAUGUGAAGAAUAAAGAUGGAAAUGUAUAUGAAGGAUGGUGUUGGCCAGGGUCUUCCAGUUAUUUAGAUUUCAUGAAUCCUAAAGUACAAGAAUACUAUUCUUCACGUUACUCUAUGGAUAAUUUUAUCGGUCCAACAGAUAUUUUCAUAUGGAAUGAUAUGAAUGAACCCUCGGUUUUCAAUGGCCCAGAAGUAACAAUGCCAAAGGAUUGUAUUCACCACGGUGACUAUGAACACAGAGAUAUACAUAAUAUUUAUGGGCUAUUGCAAGUAAUGAGUACUUAUGACGGUCUUAUAAAAAGAACUAACGGUAAGAAGCGUCCUUUCAUUUUAACUAGAUCUCAUUUUGCGGGUACUCAACGUUUUGCUGCUGUGUGGACUGGUGACAAUAUGGCAGAAUGGAGUCAUUUGAAAAUUUCAAUACCAAUGUGUUUAUCAUUAGCAGUAUCAGGCAUAUCGUUUUGUGGUGCUGAUGUGGGUGGGUUCUUUAAUAAUCCAGAUAAAGAACUAUUGGUUCGCUGGUACCAAACAGGAGCUUAUUUACCGUUCUUUAGAGGUCAUGCACAUAUAGAUACAAAACGUCGAGAACCUUGGUUAUUCGAUGAGCAGACCACACUUUUGAUUCGUGAUGCUAUUAGAGUAAGAUAUACAUUGUUACCUUUAUGGUACUCCUUAUUUAAAAAUCAUGAACUAACUGGUGCUCCAGUUAUACGACCAUUAUUUUUUGAAUUUCCCUUUGAAGAGCAACUUAAUUAUAUUGACAGUGAAUUUAUGAUUGGUAGUGUUUUGUUAGUGUGCCCUGUACUGGAACAUAACAUUCAAGAAUUGACUUGUUAUUUCCCUGGUCGUGAGGAAAUAUGGUAUGAUCAAGAUAAUUAUCAACCUAUCAAAACUAAUGGACUAAUGAAAAUAAAAACACCAAUUAAUAAGGUACCCGUGUUUCAGCGCGGCGGUACAAUAAUUCCUACCAAACAAAGGGUUCGGCGAUCAUCAAUUUUAAUGAAGGAUGACCCAUACACUUUAAUUGUUGCAAUAAACCUGAAAGGUAUUGCCAAAGGAUCAUUGUAUAUUGAUGAUGAGGAAAGUUUUGAAUACCGUAAUGGGCUUUUUGUGUUUGUUGAAUAUGAAUUUAUUAACAACCAAUUGAUCUCAAAAUGUUUACAUUGUGAUGGAUUUAGCACCAAAUCAUGGUUAGAAAAAGUCAUGAUUAUCGGUAUUCCUUUUGUAUUCACCAAAGCCAGUAUACAGAUUAAUGGUGGUAGUUCAUUAGAACUGAAUGUUUCAUAUAAUACAAAUAAUCAAGUAUUAACUGUGCGGAAGCCUGCAGUUGGAAUAGCUCAAAAUUGGACAAUUACUUUGCUUUAAUUACAAAUUACAAUACUUAAGGUUAAUUGUUAAUUUCUAUUAAUUUAAUAUUAUUUACAGUUAUUAAUAUAAUAUGUACCUAUCUUUGUUUUUUUUUUUUUUAUACUAUCCUUUCAUACUUACAUGCAUACAUAGCAAAUGAAAUUUAUAUUACUUAAUUUGUUUAAUGUUUUAGAUUACUUAUGAAUAUUAACUGAUUAAGAAAUAUUUUGGUUUUAUGUAUGAUUACUAUUAUUACCUGCAUUUUAAUGUAUUGUUUAAUAUAUGAGUAUAAUUAUUUAUUGAUUGUUCAAUAUUUAUUUUAAAUAUAAAUUCAAUAUGAAUUUUAAUUGGUUGUUGUUUUCUAUAUACACAUGUAUUUCUGUGUAACAUGCUAGUGUUGAUUUUAUAACAUCAUGUUUUAUAAUUAUUACUACCAUUACAUUGACCAAAAUUUGUUUUGUCUACUAUUUAUACUUACAUUUUAUUUAUCUAGGUGUAAGCCUGUAUCAAUAAUUAAAUAAUAUGAUUUAUGAUAAUAUAUACUUGAUUACUAAAUGUAUUAUUUAGUGUUGUAUUGAUAAAUUCUUGUACUGAACUCUAUGCUAGCUCUGAAACAUUUUCAAUGUCGUAUAAAAAAAGUUUUAAACAGUAUAAUAUAAUAUUUCAGGUACCUGAAAUUAGGUAAAUUGACUGAUUUACUUAUUUUCUCAUUAUAACUAUAUCAUUAUGUUCUAUAAUUGCUAUUAAUUACUACUAUAAAUAUACAAUAUUGAUUAAUAUUUUUAUACCAUUUUUUUGAAUUUAGUUCUAUCAUAGUGUUGUUUUUAUUUUUAAUAAAUUCUACUAUUAUAAUAAUGAGUUAUACUUAGGACUACAAAUUACUGUUCACAAAUAUGUAUGUAUGAGAAUUGUAGGACAUAGUUUCUUAUUAAUGCUAAAUGCGUGUAAAAAAAUGUUUUUUCAAGAUUUUCUCAUUAUUUUAGGUUUACAUUUCUAUAAUCUUUUUAUUUAUUAAUUUUUAAUAUAAAAUGUUAAUAAUUUGAACAAGUAAAGGUUUUUUUUUUUUUACGUCAUUGAAAAAUAUGUCCAAACUUUAAUUUUAAGUUUCAGAUUAUAUUUUCUACUUUGGGUAACUGAUAUUAGGUCAUAAUAGGUUAGGUUAAAGUUUUAUUGUUGUCAAUCCUCAUCGACUGUUUUAGAUUAUUUCCAAUCAAUCAUUAUUGCAUUACUAGUUUAUUGAUGUGCAAUAUAAUUUAUUUAUAUAGUAAUAUUUUACUUAAUGCUUGCUCAUAUUUGGCCAGAUGUCACUGAUAAUUUAUCAUUAUUACAAUUUGUAGAAAAUAUAUAAAUAUAAAAAAAGUCUAUACUUGAUAAAAGAUUACAAAUACAGUUUUGUACACAUCAAAAUAUGUUAUAAAAAAGAGUAUAAAUUGUUUGAUUUAUAUUUAAUUGUACUAGGUGAUAACUAGCUAGUACAAUAGGUAUGAGGUUUUCAUUGUACAAUACAAAUCUAUUAUUAUUUUUUGGACAAUUUAUUGAAAUACUAUUGAUAUAAUUUCAUACAAAUAGUAGUAGAUAAAUAAAAAAAAAAAAAUAAUGUCUAUUAAAAUAAUGUUAUUUGUAUAAAUAGCUAGUUGUUACUUAAGACCCUUGUCUUGUUUAUGUAGACACUUGUCUACAUAAAACUUAAUAAUGCUUACUAAACGAUAAGAUAUGCAGUUAAAAUAAUAAAACAAGUCCUCAAAAUUUCAUUUUUCCAGUAUAGUAAUUAAAAUAUAAUUGGGUAAACCAAAAUAUUUUUUAUAAAUCCCGCUUUAUUUGUUAUGUAUUUUAAUCUAUUAGUUAUUAUUAUUUUCAGGUAGUGAUGAAAGUGUUAUUAAAAAGCAAGAAGAAGUAUUGAGAGAAUCUCAGAUGAUGAUACCAGAUACUCAAAGAAGAUUAAAAGCUGCUUUUGAUGAUUUGAAAAGUGUUAUCGCUGAUUGUGAAGAGCUAAAAGAAGAAGUUGAUUAUUUAAAUGCUAAAAAAUUUUUAGCUGAGGCUGAAACAGAAAUUUAA